AUGGAUCGGGCCGGCGAUGGUGCGCGGCCGGGGAGGGCAAUUCGGCUCGGUGUCAGUGACGGGAUGAAGUGUCCAUCGUUGGAUUGCCUCAUUUUCUCCAUCGACAGCCAUGGACGUUCCCGUUUGCUUAUUAUCAUCCCCAGCUAUCCAUCACGCCGCCCUUUUGGCUCUCCCUCCCCCAUGGCCUCCCGCCACAACCAAAAGUUCGCCCACACCCAGCCAAGGACUUACCGCCUCAGCAUAAAGGGCAUCCUCUCCCUCCCUUUUCGCCUAUGUAAUCCUCCCCCAGCUGUAGCAAAGGUCAGGUCAUGCGGUGUCACCCCGCUCUUCAAACUUCGCCUCGAGGAUGUGUUGGAUAGGAAGCAUCUCCCCCCGCUCGGCCUCAAGGACUUCGAGGAAUGGCUCCUCUUCGUCGAGAUGAGCCCAGAAAAUCUCUACUUUACCCUCUGGCUCCGCGAGUACAAGCAGCGCUACAACCAAUGGAAGGCACAGACCGCGUUCCAGUCAAAGGGCAUCCCCACAGGCUACCCGCUCAACUGGUCCGCGCAGUACUCCUCCCAGCUCGCCAUGUUCUACGCCCGCGCCAAGCAGACAUUCUUCACCCCCGCCUCAGAGUACGAGCUCAACCUCUCCUCCAGCCUCCUCGCGCCCUUCCACAAGGCCAACAUGCCCCCGCACCCCGACCCAGCCCUCUUCGCCGAGGUGGAGAGCGAGACGUAUAGGAUGCUCGACGAGAGCCUACGGAGGUUCGUCACCGCGCAGUUCAACAACGUAGGGAACAAACGCGUCUUGUGCGGAAUCAUCGCGGGCAUCGUGUUUUGUCUGCUCGGCGCCGUCCCGCCCUUAGCCGCGAAUUUCGCCCUGGGCGCCAACCGCUGGGCGCGCCUCGCUGCCCUCCCAGGUCUGUGGCUCGGCCUGACGAUCCUGGUGUCGUCACUCAAUGGAAUCUGCCUCGGGGUAUACAUAUUCGGCGACCUGCGCCAGCUGCGCAAGUUCGAGCUCGCGCGACCGACCAUAUCCAAACCGCAGCCCCUCCCUUCCUUCCGCCGCCGCGGCUCGAACGCACCAGCACCCGCCCGCCCGCUCUCAAUCACCAACUCGAUUUUGCCCAUCCAGCACCCGCGGAAACAGUCCCUGGCCGUCACGAACCCAGGAGCGGCGGAUUUCUCGACGCACGGCCUCCACCGCAUGCCGUCCAUCUCGUCCUGCCUCACCCAGGAGAGCGCCGCAGACACGCAGUCCACCGCCAGCUCGUCCUCGUCGGACGACAACAUCCAGAUCUCGCCGGCGUACUACGACGCGGACGACGUCGACGCGAGCGAGGUCAUUUACUACUCCGACGCGGGGCACGGCGGCGACGAUGCGGACUCGGUGUACCGCUUCCCCCUGGAACGCGCGCAGCGCAAAGCCUCCCAAGCGGAAGGCGUAGAAUCACCGGGAAGGGUGCUAGGAGUGGACGUGGAAGUGCACGACGCAGCGCUCAUCGCCCCGCUGCGGAUCGAGGAGCUGGAAGAGCUGGGGUACGCAGCGACGGCGACGUUCAUACACCCGUUUGCGUAUCUGGACGACGGGGAGGAGGCGGAGGUGGACGCGGACGCGGACGAGCGGCUGGAAGAGGCGGUGGUGGUCAGCGGGGCGCGGCGGGCGAGGCGCGUGCAGGCGCGGCAGCUGCAGCCGGUGUUCCCGUUCGACUUUGACGCGCUGCCGAGUCGGGCGGCGUUUGCUAAUGUGAAUGUGAGGGCGCAGACGCAUCGGUACCAUGAUCGACGCGCGGGGCUUAGCGGCCCUGGUAGUGCGACGUCGCUCGCCCUCCAGCUCGCGCUGCCUUCGCCUCCGCCAACUGCACUUGCACCCUUUUCUUCCCAUUCUCCCUCUCCCUUCUCCCCCGCCCACUCUCUCUUUCCCUCUCCCUACUCACCCUGCUCACCCACCUCACCCUCCCGACCACCGCGCAUCCUCCCACCACCCUUGACCAUCCCCUCCUUCUCCUCACCCAUCCCCGCCUCCUCUUCUCCCUUUCCCAUCCCCUUCGCCAACAAAAGACGAAAGCCCAACCCGCCCCCCGCACGCGCCGGCCCGACGAGCUUCCUCGAGCGCCUCCAGGAACGGUGCAACAUCGCGAUGUGGCGCUUCCAGGCGGGGUAUCUCGAGCCGGAGAGCCCGUAUCAAGGGGCGGGGGCGGGGGCGGGGGCAGGGAUGAAGCCGCACCCCAGCAGCCCGUAUUGGAGCGCGCACCCCAACGCGAGCUACUCCAACUCCAACGCGUCGGACAGGUUUGGGAGGCACGCUUCUAGGGAUGUAGAAAAGGACGGCGGCGCCCCCUCCCGAUCCACCUCCAGCACAGGCGACUCGACCCACUCGCGGGAGCAAAGGGAACGCAAGGCGAAGCGCCGCUUCCGGAUGAUGAACGCCGUGCCCGCGUUCGCGGUGCCGCUGACGCGCGUGCUGAGCCCCGUCGUCGUGCGCGGGCAGUGGGAGAUCGUCGUCCGGUCGGCGGUGCUUGGUUUCUUGUUUGCGUGGGCGGUGGUUGGGAGCUUGUUGGCGGUGCCGGUGCCUGUGAGGAGGUGA